CCUUACUGGCCGUUCCCUUUCCUCCCUCGCACCAGCUCCCCCCGCUUGGUCGCGUGCUUGCUGGAGCAGCCAAUGGGGUGGCAGUCCGCGUGCGCAGAUUCAAACGGUGGCUCUGGAAAGAAGCUGGGCGCGAGAUUCGGCGGCAGGGACAAAAAAGCCAGCGAGGGUGACGGCGGCGGCAUCGCCUAAGGAAAGCCCUACUGGAGGAGAUCCGAGCAGUGACAGCUGGACAAGGCCACAGGAGGGGCACUUGGAGCCCGGUUUCCAACCCCUUUCCCCGCCAGCUUGGGCUGGGUGUCGAGCCAUGUCCCCCAUGUGGGGGGCAAGGCGCGGCCGGGGCUAAAAAGUCAGUCCCCCGGGGAGUGCCCGCCUGCCACGGUUGUGUGAGCGCCCUUGGUGGUGACAUCCCCGCUCCCUUCUUCUCGCCUUAUGGUGCGCUCCAAGGAUGGCGAAGAGGCCGCGCAGUGAGGAAGAUGAUGAUGACCUUCACUAUGCAGAUCAUGACUAUGAAGUGCCACAACAAAAAGGUGCAAAGAAGAUAUGUAAUAGAGUAAAAUGGACACGUGAUGAGGAUGAAAAGCUGAAGAAACUGGUAGAACAGCAUGGUACAAGUGAUUGGACAUUUAUUGCUAGUCAUCUACAAAAUCGUUCUGAUUUUCAGUGCCAGCAUCGAUGGCAGAAAGUCCUAAAUCCAGAACUUAUUAAAGGCCCCUGGACUAAGGAAGAAGAUCAGAGGGUUAUUGAGCUUGUUCAGAAAUAUGGUCCAAAGCGCUGGUCUUUAAUUGCAAAACACUUAAAAGGAAGAAUUGGGAAGCAAUGUCGAGAGAGGUGGCACAAUCACCUUAAUCCUGAGGUAAAGAAAUCUUCAUGGACAGAAGAAGAGGACAGAAUCAUCUAUGAAGCUCACAAACGUUUGGGAAAUCGGUGGGCUGAAAUUGCAAAGCUGCUUCCUGGAAGGACUGACAAUUCAAUAAAAAAUCAUUGGAACUCCACUAUGCGAAGAAAAGUUGAACAAGAAGGAUAUUUACAGGAUGGAAUCAAGACUGAGCGACCUUGUUCAUCAAAACUGCCACACAAAACUUGUGCAUCUACAGACCAUCUUCAUACCCAAAAUCAGUUUUACAUACCAGUUCAGGCACAUAUCCCAGGAUAUCAGUAUGUUUCAACAGAAAGCAGCUGCAUAGACCAUGUCACAACUUCUUCAAAUUUCAUUCAGCAGCCAUUUGUUGAUGAUGAUCCUGACAAAGAGAAAAAAAUAAAAGAACUUGAGCUGCUACUUAUGUCUGCUGAGAAUGAAAUCAGAAGAAAGAGAGUCUUAUCUCAAGCUGGAAAUUUUUCUAACUGGUCUGGAGGCUUCAUCAUGGAAGACAGUAUGUCAAACACCCUAAAUAGCCUUGGGGAGCAAACAAAUGACUUUUAUAGUAUGGAUGAACCCCAGGCUGCAACAGUUCAGCAGAACUCUCCUACCAAGUACUUGGCUGUGGAGGCAAAUGCGGUAUUGUCAUCCCUACAGACCAUACCUGAAUUUGCAGAGACACUAGAACUCAUUGAGUCUGAUCCUGUAGCAUGGAGUGAUGUCACCAGCUUUGACCUCUCUGAUGCCGCUACCUCCCCUGUCAGUCAAGCUCCAGUAAAACUAAUGCGGAUUCAGCACAAUGCUGGGGCCAUGGAGUGCCAAUUUAAUGUAAGUGUUGUACUAGAUGGCAAAAAAACAAGUGACGAAGAAGAGUCAACAUCCCCGAGUGCAGCCAAGUUCAGUUCUCCUCCAACUAUUUUGCGCAAGAAGAAGAAACCUAGAACUGGACAGUCACCAGUCAGUGAACAAAAUGAUGGUUCAUGUAACAACGGUCCCAAUUUUGCAUUAAAACAAACACCAGUGAAAACACUACCCUUUUCUCCUUCCCAGUUCUUCAACACCUGCUCUGGAAAUGACCAGUUUAACAUUGAAAAUCCUGCAUUUACAUCAACUCCAAUUUGUGGCCAAAAAGUUCUGAUUACAACACCGUUGCAUAAUAAAGAAGUGACGCCCAAAGAUCAAAAAGAAAAUGCAGGUUUUAGGACACCUACUAUUAGAAGAUCUCUACUUGGUACAACACCAAGGACUCCUACUCCAUUUAAGAAUGCUUUAGCUGCUCAGGAAAAAAAAUAUGGUCCUCUGAAAAUUGUGUCACAGCCACUUGCCUAUUUGGAAGAAGACAUCAGAGAGGUUUUAAAGGAGGAAACUGGAACAGAUAUAUUCUUCAAGGAAGAAGAGGACUCUUUCUAUAAGGGUUGCAAACUAGAGAAUCCUUCUGCAAAGAAAGUCAGGAAGUCAUUAGUCUUGGAUCCUUGGGAAAAAGAAGAGCUUGGUGCCCAGUUUUUCACAGAAGACAAUGUUUCAGAUGUACAGUCAGAAAAUAUUUAUACUACAUCACUGCUGAUGAUACCAUUAUUGGAAAUACAUGACAAUAGAGGCAAUAGGACUCCCGAGAAACAGGAUUCUAGUUCAACAAAGCUGAAUGUAGCAAUGAAAAAAAAGCUGAAUACUUGCACUUCAAAAAAUGUCAAAACAGAAAAAACACUUCAGGCCAAUUGUGAGUGGGAAGCUGUUGUUUAUGGGAAGACAGAAGAUCAGCUUAUUAUGACUGAGCAAGCAAGAAGAUACCUGAGCACCUAUACAGCUACUGGCAGCUCUUCAAGGGCUCUGAUCUUGUGAUUUUCUCAAAAUGUACCGAUCUACCUUUUUUCUUUUUACUAAGGACUUUACGCUGAGAUCUUUUUUCAGCGAUAUGUGUACUGAUACUUUUUUAGAGUUGAAGUCGCUUUGUAAAGGAGAACUUAAGUUUCUUUGUGAACCUUUUUUUUUAAAAGCAAAUUUAAAUGGUCUUUUAAAAGAACACUCUAAAGGAAAUGGUGAAAGGAAUGACUAUUUUUUUCUCUAUGCUAUUUUUUAUUCUUUAGAAUAUAUAUUUCUACUCUCCUUUUAAAGAAACGUUUAAUAUAGAGUAGGUUUACAGGUACUUGGUGAUUUUUGAAAGAGAAACAUUACACAACUCUUUGAAAAUGUUUUUGCUUAAAUGCUCAUUUGCUUAUGUAGCAUUUUUUAUAAACACAAAAGAAAGGAGACUAAAGGAAGAAUAGACGAUUGCACUACUAGUACUAGGUAUGCUGCACAAAAUUAACGACAGUGUUAAAUGUAUUUAUUUGAGAAUGGUACUUCUAAUAAGAGUAGCUAAAGGGAAGAAUUGAAUUUUUAUUAGGAUAAAGCAUCAGUAUUCAUAAAUCUCAAACUGAGACCAUUGUUGAAUGUAUUGUACAGCAUGUGGGAACAGGAAGGCUUUUGUAAAUUUGGAAGGGAGUUUGUGUUUUAAUUUAUUUUCAUUUUAAGCUUAAGGCUGCAAUCUCACCAAGUGCCCACAUAUUCCCGCUGCUUUGCAAAGCAACAUAAACCCAUGGGGAAGCCAAGACAAACUUGCUCUUGCUUGCAGAGGGGAGAGAAAGGGUAGUACCAUAAUGCCCAGUCCACAGAGAUGACAACUAUAAGCACUGUUGGCCUCUGCUCUUCCACUCUCUUUGUUUGAACCUCAACCGUGUGCAGUGUUUUCAAACUCAGUCCAUUCUGCUAGUUUUUGAGAUUAACUACAUCCCUCUUUUCCCCCAUUAGCCUACUUUUCCAUAUCCAGACACUAUGAAUCUGAAGCAGAGACCUGUCAGUCCUGUCUAGGUCCCGAGUCUUCUUUGACAGAUGAGUCUAAAACUAACGUGCCACUUGAACACCCUUUCUCCUUCCAGCGUUUUAAGUCUUUGGGCCUUCAUGCACUGCCUUCAUUUUGGUAGGACAUGUAAGAAUGUCUCAGAUUAUAACAAUUGGACAUUAUGAAUAAGAAAAAAAUCAGUGUCUAUUGUAUUUUUUUAGGACGCUGAAGUGGGAUUAAUCCUGGUACAGCUCUGCCAUGAAGGAAGCGAUACAAGGGCUCUCCUUAGGUCAAGGAAAGUGAAAAGUUUGUGCGGGUAAAGGACCAGUCUCUUAAAAGGUGACUCUCAUAUUCUCAGCUGCCGAUUGUGCCGUUUGACAGUGAUGAGAGUAUCCUACUCCAUGAGCGCUGAGAAAUGUGUGUUAGGGAAACCAGGAGCAAGCUUAUGGUGACCAUUGAUUCUACAAAUGGGCUAGGGAGGGAAAGGAGAGCAAGACCCAUUAUCGUUCGAGGUAUCACAGCUAGUGGUGUUGUGGAAGUGUUGUGACACACUGUACAUGGCAGAAGUUAACAAACUGGAAAAAGAGAGGAAGCAUAGCUGAGCCGGUCUUUUACAGCAAGUCCUCUGACUUGUCUCAAUCUCUACAAAUGCAUAAUAAUUUACCUGAGGAAACAGAUUGCAGUAGUUGUGGCCCCUGAGCUGUCUGAUGGAUGAAGGAUGUCUUUGAGAUAUUUACAGAUUAUCUCAUUCUACUAUUCCCAAUCAAAUCAAAGCAGGAAUAAAGGAAAGUGUACUGUGGUUUGGUCCUGGAGAAGCACCAGGCUGAGCGUAAGCACAUCUCAGAGAAGGAUUGACUUCCUGUUUUUCCUGAGCAGUGUAAACUUCACAGUGAAAGAAGUAAAAGGGAGAAUGAGUGUUCUCUCUAUGAAGGAUGGUGAUGGAGAAUCAGCUGCAAUGGCAGGAUGCAUGAAGUAUUUGGGAUGCUUUGCAAACACCAAGCCUGAAGUGGGUCUAUGUGAGCACAAACAUUUCACAGGAUUGCAGCCUCAAUGUGUAGAUAUUUAUAUGUAUGCAGGUUGUCUAGAAGCUGAUGUUGUUUUCCUGGUACAUAGCUCCAGCUAAAAUGAGAGGACAAAUUUUAACUUUGGUGCAUGGAAUAACAGCAACAUUACAGGCUGUGAAAUACAUGAAUUUGCAUUUAAUCUACUUAAGAUUGCACUAUUCCCUUUUAAAUCAUGUUGGUCUACAUAGUAGUUUUAAAGUUCACCAGAGUUAUACUACAAGUAUUCCAGGACUUGGGUUAUUAAAAGGAUACAUUUGUGGAGGGACAGAACAUGAAGACUUGCUAUCUUGUAGCCCUAUACAGGAAUUGAAUACCAAUGCAUUUCAUUACACAUCUGAAAGAAGAGUUUGUUCAUAUAGUCAUUUUUCUCAACAUGAAUAGCUAUGGGCCUACCUUUGCCACAUUUUGUGCUUUCAUGUGGAGAGAUGUUGGUGUGAACUGGUCUGUAGAUAGAUUACAGUUGCAAUUGUUCCUGUAAUCGUGCUUAAAGAAUUGCUACCACAGUCACAGAACUUGCUGUUGCCUCUUUCUCUGUACAGCUCAAGUCACACUCGCACUCCCCCAUGACAGGAUGGGCUAUGCUUACUUGCUCUGAAGCUGUGAACUGGCUCAAAAACAUUUUAUAGCUGCUCUUGGAAUCCUCAACAACUCAAUUACAAAACUGUUUAAAAUGAAAAUAGACUUUUUUAAUUUAAGAUUUGUCCAUGUGUCUAACCUUCACAGGUUACAGCACUUGCUUCAGUUUACCUGCUUUAGACAUUUGCACUUAUUUUUGUCUGAUUUGAAGGAAUGUCUUGGUUUUGCUCUUGUUGUAGCUUUUUUUAGUUAUUUUCUUGCAGAACAUAAUGGUGUGCUGUCAACCUAAAUACUGACAGGAAAAUAGAAUUGUAUACUGUAUACUGUAGAUGUUAUCUAUUUAUAAAUCUGACACUCUUCCUCUCCACUCCUGGGUGUGCUGCUAUAGAUGGUAGCAGAAUCUGCUUGCUGCUAUGAGAGAUGGAAAGAGCGAGCAUCAUAUGCACUGUAUGUAAAAUGACAAAUAGAAUGAUGGCAUGUUCACAAGUUAACUGAUAUCAACUGUUGCUGUGCAGGGAGUAACACAAUUACUAGAAAGAAACCUGAUACCGCAUAACACCAAGAACUCUAAAAAUGAAUUUCCUUGUUUUAAUAUUGUGUGUGGUAUGUAAAGCAAUCUCUGAUGUUAGCAUACUUAAAUACAGCUUAAGGCCCCCUAUCAUAGUUUAUUUAUUUAUUAUUCUAAAUGAAUAUUUAUAUGUAGAAUAUUCACCUUGCCUUUUAUAGGCACACAAAGUUUUUAUCCAGUUUGAAAACUUAGCAUUUUUCAGAUCAACUCUGUUGAUAAGAGAAUUAUGCUUCCUGUUCAAAAUGUGAGAAGCUAGUUUGGAUCUCCCUUUGGCAUUGAUGGUUUUGGUGUGAUCUCUCUCUUAAGUAAGCUUCUUUAGAGGAUUUCCUUACCUGAAGCACAAAGGAGUUAAGUGAAUGUGAUUAGCUAGUAAGGCUAAUUUAACCUAACAUUCCUACCAUGGCCUUUUUGCCUUUUCUUUCUUUUUAAUCACAGUCCACCCACCUCAAGCCACCUGAACAAGCUACUUCAAGCCUUGAUGGCUGUUUAAGUAGUAUGUGUGUUAGUCACAUGUCCUGCUGGGUAUCCGCAAGCACUUAGGUGUAUUUAAAAUGUGCUCUCCAGAUUACAACCAGUAUGCCAAGAUCCAAAGAGUUGUGUGUGUGCAUCAGCACUGCCUGGAUUUUCCAAUUCUGGCCACAGUUUCCUGUGCUAUGUUGGAAGAUUCUCUGGAGAGUCCCCAGACUUUCUGGAGUAGCUUUUGGGGGGGGACAAGGGAUAGCAGUGGGCUGGGGAGUGGUGGAACAAAGAUUCUGCAGUAUACACACAAACAUUGGCUGCAGUUCUCUGGAUUGACUCUAUGUCUUCAUCUAUUAUGCUUAAAAGAUCUGCUGCUUUGCAGGAGGUAUGUAAAUUAUUCUUGUUUUUUUCUUUUUAAAUGGUACCAAAGCCUCCAGUACCAAGGUUUAAUGUAGGUCUCUGGUAAGUAGUACAAACUGGAGUUGGUAUUGGUUGAAUCUUUCAUUUAAUUGCUUUUGUGUUGCUUUUAGCAAAAAAGAGAAAUAAAUGGUUUUAAACCUUUGAAAUGUUAGAGAUAUUUUGGUACUUUUUCAUUCUUAGGUGCAUUUGCCAUUUUUUAAAUUAAAUAUAUAAGUAGAAUGUACCUG